AUCGGCGAUUUUUACUUCCGCAAUUUCAGGAAAUUAUGUCUGCCACAUUAAAGCCAUACUUAACAGCCGUCCGGCACACCCUGACGGCUGCAAUGUGCCUAGAAAACUUUUCAUCACAAGUUGUAGAACGACAUAACAAGCCAGAGGUGGAAGUAAGGAGUAGUAAAGAACUUUUGUUAACACCUGUGGUAGUAAGCAGGAAUAGUAAAGAAAAGGUUCUAAUAGAAGGCUCCGUUAAUUCAUUACGAUUCAGCAUUGCCAUCAAACAGGCCGAUGAAAUCGAGAAGAUCUUAUGCAAAAAAUUCAUGCGGUUUAUGAUGAUGAGGGCAGAAAACUUUAUCAUUCUCAGGCGAAAACCGGUCGAGGGCUAUGACAUCAGUUUCCUGAUCACAAACUUCCACACAGAACAAAUGUACAAGCACAAGCUGGUUGAUUUCGUGAUAUCGUUUAUGGAAGAUAUCGACAAGGAAAUCAGCAACAUGAAACUGGCGCUAAAUGCCCGUGCCCGUAUAUGUGCGGAGGAAUUUCUGAAAGAGUUUUAGUUUGAACUGAAUUGAAAGACCAAGCUUAGAUUCAACAAAUGUGGUGUAGAGGACUUCUAUAUUUCAUCAGAAAAUCUCAGUCCUGUUGUUCCAAGUCCAGAUGUUGAUAGCUACACCCAUUUUCCUUAGUCGUGAGAAAAGGGAUAGAUGAUAUAGAAAAUGGAUAGGUGCAGUGAUAAGAUAAACAGGAUGAGACAUUCAGUCAAGAAUUUUCAUUAGCCAUAACCCCUGAGGAUUGAAAGCAUGAGCGAAAAAUUGUCAAAGCGGAAAUUCCAAGAUCAACAACUGUUGGUUCAAUAGAAUCAGAUAUUUCGACUGUGUUGGGAGUUAGGGUAUUCUAAAGUUUCAACAAACCCCCUUACUUCAAAGAGAUGGGUUUUUGGUUCCAGACAAUUAUCUUAAUGUAAUCUUUCUUACCAAGCAGCAUUCCAGAGUGGGUUCAAUAUCUGACAUUUGUUGAUUGAUUUUGAUUGACACUUACUUAAUUGAUACAGUGUAUAUAGAUAACUGAAGGCUUUUAUAAUGGGGUGUAUAAUUAUUAGAUGCAUAACAUUUUCUAUGAUCAUGCAGUGGAUGAACAGAAUAGAGUUCAUCCAGUCAUGUCAGUAUCUCUAACCUGCUAUUAGUUGUGACCAAACUUUUUGAGAGCAGAUUUCCUGGAACAAGGGUUUUCUUGAGCUAGACCUCUGCCAGGCUGGGAGUUACCCCGUUCCACUAUCAAGGUCACCUACUCAAAGUAACCUGUACUUGCAUGUCAUUGGCUCCUUUUCCUUGGGUGCCAAUAACAUAAACCAACAACCUAGGUGUUUUCAAAUCAUUGGCGGAUUGUCAUUGUCCUGUAAGAGGAAAUGCGUUACAUCUUGAACUUACUGUGCAGAUGCUCUUUGGCUGAUUAUGAGGGCGUCUGAAUAAAAGGCCUAUAUUAUGUGUAAUAGGCCAAUAUGAAACGGACACAACAACACCAGCUCAUUAGCGUCAACGCAGUAUAUUUUCCCUUAACUUCUAGCUAAUUGUACAUUUAGGAGAUAUACAUACUGUAAAAAGAGUGAAAUCUAAGAGGUAGUUCAUUCCAUUGCAAGUUCUCUAGAUAUAGACCACGUGUUUGUCGGUUAUAUUGCACCGAUUUUCAAUGCUACAUGACUCAGUUAUGGCAGCAAGCACCUAGGGAUGGAAAAAAAACUGAGGUUUGUGACGAAACGACUGUCAAUACCUGGAUAUAGACUUUGAAUGAAUAGGAUAGGACUUAGUGUCAAGAGGGACUAAAGAUUGUUUCACACCACAAUAAUGGAAAAAAUAACAUAUACAAAACUCUUUCGACCUGAAGAAUUCGUCAUGGGUCAGAAUAAAAUAGUGUACAUCGAAAUUUUCUGGCCAACUUGCAAUGUAAUAAGCUGACACUGAUGCAUUGAUGAGCAGAGUGUGCAGGAUUAUUGUAAUUAGUGGCCCUAGUUAUUUGUAUGAGAAAUGGCACUUGAUUGUUUGUCAAACUUUGUCAUGUUGAUUCUUUUGUAUACUAUGCUCCUAGGGUAUUUGCAUUCUUGAAAUUGUAUUUGUUUUAUGAAUAGCUGAUGAGAUAGACAUACAUUUGUCUGUUCAACUAGAUAAUUUGGAUUUUACACAUUCGUACAUUAUGAUGGACAUGUAUUAUAUUGAGAGUGCAGCAAGGUCAUCUGGCACGAUUUGAUUCGUAAGUAACCAAGGCUUUGGUUAAUGAAUAUCUCGUUCUGAUUUUGACUUUUACAUUUUAAAACAUGGCCAGGUUUGACAUAAUCAGGGUGCCACAUGACAAAGAUUUAUGAUAUCAAUAAACUAAACUUA